CAUACAGUAGCGCGUCUCUCAAAUUUGGUCCAAUUAACACCGGAUUCGUUUCAAAGCCCAAUUUCUCUUUCUCUCUCUCUGAAAAGCCCUGGAUCUUAUCGGGUUCGUUUCAAGCCCAAUCUCUCUCUCUCUCUCUCUCUCUCUCUCUCUCUCUCUCGGAAAACCCUAGAUCUCGCUUCCGGCACCGCCGCAGCACGGUUCCAAGCUUCCGCUUCCGGCACUGCCGUGCCGCGUUUCGACAUUCAGAUUCUGUUUACUUAUAUCUGCAGGAGGGCAUAAACUGACAGGAUGGCUACCCUUGAAGAAGCUGAAGUAGCUAUGUCCCCUGAUGUAAAAAACAAGCUAAACUGUACUUACUCUCAACCUAGCAACGACAAUCGGCCAAUUGAUUUGGAGGCAACACUUGACACGCCGAUGGAAAACUCUGAAGCUGCACCCGGCGAUCAGCUUGGUGAUUCAAAAGCUACUCUUGACAGGAAGUCUACCCCUGAGGCACCACCCAGCAACGACGUGGUCGAUUCUGAGGCAUCACCAAACAAUGGUGUGGUUAGUUCUGAAAUGCAGACAAGUAAUGAUGUGGUUGAAUCGGAAAAACAGCACAACAAUGAGAGGGUGCUUGCAUCUGAAACACAGCCCACUGAAGCAGAGCACAACAAUGAGGAGGUUGUAUCUGAACCACAUUGCAAUGAUGAAGUGGCCAUGUCUGAAGUACAGCCCAGCAGUGAGGUGGUAAUGUCUGACUCACAUCAGAGCAAUGAGGUGGUCUUUUCUGACACACAACCCAGCACUGAGACUGUCAUGCAUGAAGCAGGGAUCAGCAAUGAUGCAGUUGUGUCUGACACACAGCCCAACAAUGAUGUAAUCAUGUACGAGGCACAAAUCAGCAAUGAUGUGGUUGCAUCUGAAGCUCGGCCUGAGAAUGAAUUAGCUAAUUUAACAGUGGAUCCCAAUAAUCGACUCUCCCAUCAAGAAAUACUUCUUGAUAAUCACCAGUUUGAUAAUCUCCAUACGACUUCUGAAUAUCUACUGCCUCCACCUGAACCACUUCCUGAUUCUGGAUCACCCACUAACUCUGAACCUGUGGCAGACAGUCAUGACGCGGAUGAUAAACCAAUACCCCACAAUCACUUGCAAGAGUAUGAUACACAUCUCAACAAUCAUCUGGACCAUCAUGAGGCACUUGCCAACCAUCAGUUGGCAAACUCUGAAACACUCUCGCCUGAUCAGCUAGCCAAUUCCCAAAUGAUGACUCACUAUGACCUGGGGAAUAGUGAAACACUUCACGACAAUCGGCUGGUAAGUUCUCAAGCACACUAUGAGAUGGUCAAUGCUAACAAUUUCCCCAGCUAUGAAAUAGUUAAUGCUGAAACUUCGCCAAACAAUGAAGAACAUACCCCAGAAACACAGCCAAGUAAGAAGAGGAAAAAAAAGUCUAUUGUCUGGGAACACUUUACCAUAGAAACAGUUAGCCCUGAUUGUAGAAGGGCAUGUUGCAAGGAAUGCAAACAAACUUUUGCCUACAGUACUGGCUCAAAAGUUGCUGGUACCAGCCACCUUAAACGGCACAUUGCAAAGGGAGCAUGUCCAGCUCUUCUGCGUAGUUUAGAUCCUAAUCAGCAUGCUUCAUAUACCCCACGUUCAAGGGGAAGUGGUGCUGGCAAUGCUAACAAUACACCAAAACGACGUUAUAGAACUGCUGGCACACCUUACAUAAUUAUUGAUCAAGAUCGUUGUCGUCAUGAGAUUGCUAGGAUGAUCAUUAUGCAUGAUUACCCCCUUCACAUGGUUGAGCAUCCAGGAUUUGUUGCAUUUGUCCAAAAUCUGCAACCUCAGUUCAACAUGGUGACCUUUAAUACUAUUCAAGGAGAUUGUGUCGCAACUUACCUGACGGAAAAGCAAUGCCUUACGAAAUAUUUUGACGAAUUACCGGGACGUGUUGGUCUGACAUUGGAUAUGUGGACCUCAAGUCAAUCUGUAGGUUAUGUAUUUAUCACGGGACAUUUUGUUGAUAGUGAUUGGAAGUUGCAGAGGAGACUUCUCAAUGUUGUGAUGGAACCAUGCCCUGAUUCUGACUCUGCUCUCAGCCAUGCUGUAUCUGUCUGCAUUUCUGAUUGGAAUUUGGAAGGUAGGCUGUUCACAAUUACUUGUAAUCAGCCACUUUCUAAAGUUGCCCUUGAGAAUCUCAGACCUCUACUCUCUGUGAAGAAUCCACUUAUCUUCGAUGGUCAGUUGCUAAUUGGACAUUGCAUUGCCCGUACUUUAAGCAAUGUUGCAUAUGAUUUGUUGAGCUCAACACAAGGCAUUGUCAAUAAAAUACGGGAAAGUGUAAAAUAUGUGAAGACUUCAGAAUCACAUGAGGAUAAAUUCCUGAACCUUAAGCAGCACCUUCAGGUUCCCAGUGAAAAGAGCCUUUUUAUUGAUGACCAAACCAAAUGGAAUACAACAUAUCAAAUGUUGGUUGCAGCUUCUGAACUGAAGGAAGUGUUUUCCUGUUUAGACACUUCUGAUCCUGAUUACAAAGGAACCCCAUCUGUUCGUGACUGGAAACUUGUUGAGAUCCUCUGCACAUACUUGAAGCCCCUUUAUGAUGCAGCAAACAUUCUUACGACAACAACUUAUCCCACUGCUAUUACAUUCUUUCAUGAAGUUUGGAAAUUACAUUUAGAUCUUGCUCGAGCUGUUACGAAUGAGGAUCCCUUCAUUAGCGACCUUACUAAACCUAUGCAUGAAAAGAUUGAUAAGUACUGGAGAGAUUGUAGUCUGGCUUUGGUGAUUGCUGUUGUUAUGGAUCCUCGUUUCAAGAUGAAGCUGGUUGAGUUCAGUUUCACCAAAAUAUACGGUGAGGAUGCUCAUGGGUAUGUCAAGAUUGUUGAUGAUGGAAUUAAUGAGCUGUUUCAUGAGUAUGCAACCCUUCCUCUGCCACUAACACCGGCAUAUGCAGAAGAAGGAAAUGCUGGAAGCAAUAUAAAGAUGGAAGGAUCCUCUGGAAGAACUUUGUUGUCAGAUAAUGGUCUUACAGACUUUGAUGCCUAUAUCAUGGAAACUUCUACCCAUCAGACAAAGUCUGAAUUGGAUCAGUAUCUGGAAGAAUCUCUGUUGCCACGAGUUCCAGACUUUGAUGUAUUAGGUUGGUGGAAGCUAAACAAACUCAAGUACCCCACACUCUCCAAGAUGGCCCGAGACAUAUUGUCUAUUCCAGUUUCUACUGUUCCUUCUGACUCUAUCUUUGAUAAAAAGAGCAAAGAGAUGGAUCAGUAUCGAAGUUCCUUGCGUCCGGAGACAGUGGAGGCACUUGUUUGUGCCAAAGACUGGAUGCAGUAUGGUGCACCCGAAUCUUUGACCGCGCUUGUGAAAAUGGAAUUCUAGAUUUCAUGUUGUUGUGCACUUGUACCCUGUAUGUUGGUAGGUUCUACUCUAUUUUACUUUAAAUUUCCUUUUAGGCUCUCUUGUAACAUAAGAGUGAUUAUUUGGAUAAUUCGACUUGAAUAUUUAAACUAUUAUCUACCUUUUCUUUUAGAUGCUAGAACUGGUAAAUAGUUCCUACCUUUCCCUAAUACAUGUCCUCGAUGUGCAGCUAAUUGGAUUUGCUCCAUCAGGAAUCAAUGUAAAUUUGAGGUGGCAAUCAGUGGAACAAUUUGCUCCAACUAAAAAAAUCAACAUUAUCUCAUGAAUAAUUUUCUGUAGCUUAAAUGCGGGAACUAUAUGUAAAAUAAUAAAUAAAUCUCAUCCUUAUUCACUUAUCGGUA